AUGGAAUGGCCUUCUAAAUAUAAUGCCCUUCGUUCACUUAUUACUGUGGAUAAGUCAAAGUGGACGGAAUCAUGCAUCAAUUCAGUAGGACAAUCACAAACUGCUGUUUGGCAUGCUGAAAGACACCACAGGAUUACAUGCAGUAAUAAAGUACAUCGUAUUAAGACAAAACAGAAUAAUUUUGAAGAUUUGGCUAAACAAUUUCUAAAUGAUAAGUAUCGAAACAUUUUAACCGAUGACAUGCGCUAUGGUCUAAAAAUGGAAGCUAUUGCUAGAUCUUGUUUUGAAAGUCAUACUAAAUUAAAAGUUCAUGAAGUAGGUUUAGUAAUUUCACUUCAGCAACCAUAUCUUGCCUGUAGUCCAGACGGUAUUAUAAUUGAUGAAGAUGGAAAUAUUCAAUUAUUAGAAAUUAAGUGUCCUAGUAGCUGCAAAGAAACUAACAUUAUACAUGAUAUAACGCAAGAAAUUCGAGUCUCUUAUUUAAAACUCAAUAGCGACGGAAAAAUUAUAUUAAAAGAAAAUGAUAAGUAUUAUACCCAAGUCCAAGUAUCCAUGUACGUUCUUGGAGUAACCUUGUGCCAUUUUUGGGUUUAUUCAAAUAUCGAUUAUAUUUAUAUAGUAAUCAAUAGGGAUGAAGAAUUUUUGAAAGAAGUAAUACCUAAAAUAGAAUAUUUUUAUUAUACAUACUUU